CCCAACCAAGUUCACACACAGCCCCAAACCUUUUCUCUCUCUCACAAAUUACACCAAACUUUCUCUCUGAGCACAAUUGUUGUCUCUUCUUCUCACACUAGUUUCUCUCUCUCUCUCUCUCUCUCUCUCUCUCUCUCUCUCUCACUCUCUCACAGACAGAGUAUUCCGUACCGGUUCCUCAUCAAUAAUGGCCUCUUUAGUGCUGGCAGUGCUCAUUCUGGCCAUGACUGGCCAUUCAAGUGCCACAUGGUGCAUUUGCAAGGAUGGGUUGAGUGAUUCAGUUUUACAGAAGACUUUGGACUAUGCUUGUGGAGCUGGGGCUGAUUGUAACCCAACUCAUCAAAACGGGCCUUGUUAUACACCCAACACGGUUAGGGCUCACUGUAACUAUGCUGUUAACAGCUAUUUCCAGAGGAAGGGUCAAGCUGCAGGCUCUUGUGAUUUUACUGGCACUGCUACUGUCAUUACAACUGACCCAAGCACUACUGGAUGUAAUUACCCCUCAAGUGUCAGCACUGCAGGCAGCACCACAGUAACCCCGACUCCCAUCACCACCACACCAACAACCACCACAACACCAUCAACCACGACACCCACUACUGCAACACCAUACAGCGGAACACCAACUGGAGUGCUAGGAGGAGUUGGCACUGGCUUGGGUCCAUCUGGGACCAGCACAGACUACAGUGAUGGUGGGUUCAGACUCCAGCUGUCUAUCAGUCUGUUCUCAUUCUUUACAACCCUCUUGAUGCUUUUGUGGGUUUGAGAAAAAAAAAUAUGGCAGCAGGGCUUGUGGCCACGUUAGUGGGGCAGGGGUGGUUGCUGUUGGUGAUGGUGGUAAUGGAUUUCGAUGUCCAUUACCUGGGUUCCAUGUGAUUCUGCUGUUUAUCUAUAGAUGUCUUAGUUAAGUUUUUGUUUGUUUCUCAAAUAUAUUCUAUCUGGGGCAAAAGAUCGGCGUAGUGUUGAUAUCUUUCUGUCUAUGUCUACUGUGUUUUUUCUCCCUGUUUCAUAUACAUUCAGAUCUGGAAAGCAGUAAAUUAUUACUUCUAUG